ACUGGAAUGGAUUGGCAUCCAAAGCACUCACAAACACAAAGAGCUCUCUUGCUAAAGCCAAAGCCAAAGCCAAAGCCAUGGGGUUUCGUUCUUCCAAAAAGCCUGAGGUUCCAGCCAUCAACUUCUCCAUUGAAAACCUUCGUCCUAAAAGCACCAAAUGGGUAGAAACAUGCAGCCAUGUGAGGGCUGCUCUUGAAGAAUAUGGGUGUUUCUUGGCUGAGUGUGAGAAUAAUGUUGAGCUUGAUGAUGCCAUUUUCAAUGGCUUGGAAAAGCUUUUUGAUUUGCCUUUAGAAACUAAAAUGAAGAAUGUUUCUGAUAAGCCUUACCAUGGCUUUUUGGACCACAGGGCUCCCUUUGUUCUUCCUCUUCAUGAAAGCUUUGGCAUUGAAAAUGCAGCAAGUUUUGAAGGUGUUGAGUCCUUUGUGAAGCUCAUGUGGCCUUCUGGAAAUCAUCACUUCUGUGAGGAUUUGUUUGCAUACACAAAGAUGGUAUCAGAGAUGGAGAAGUUAGUGAAGAGGAUGGUGUUUGAAAGCUAUGGAGUGGAAAAGUACUAUGAUUCUCAUAUUGCUUCGACCACUUAUUUGCUUAGAGGCAUGAAAUAUAGAAUUCCUGAGAUGGGUGAACAGAAUAUUGGAGCAGAAGCUCACACAGACAAGAGUUUCUUCACUAUUCUUCAUCAAAAUGGAGUCAAUGGCUUGGAAAUCAAAGCAAAAAAGGAUGAUCAUUGGAUUGGACUUCAAUUCAAUCCAAAUUCCUUCUUGGUCAUGGCUGGAGAUGCUUGUUUGGCAUGGAGCAAUGGGAGAAUCCACUCAGCCACACAUAGAGUUUUAAUAGAGGGAAGCAAGGAAAGAUAUUCAACAGCCCUAUUUUCAUAUCACAAAGGAGUUAUUGAGAUUCCAGAUGAGUUGGUGGACGAACAAUUCCCCUUGAAAUUCAACCCUUUUAACCAUUAUGGAUUACUUGGUUAUUUCUCCAAAGAAGAGUGCGAGAAAACGCCUUCCACUGCCGGAGCUUAUUGUGGAGUUUGAUCCCCAUUUCAUAUGCUCAUAAUAAUCAAACUUAUAGCAUCCUCAACUUUAAUUUA